GUACGAGUAUGAAACUGGAAGGGAAUCUGCACUGGAGAUGAUUGCCUACCUCCUUGACAUGUUCCCACAGGAUCUCCUCCACAAAUACUGCGGGCUCUUUUUUCUCUCUCUUUGUAUGAUGAUGAUAAAUGAUGACUCUGCCAAAUGCAAAAAGAUGGCGGCUUUGACGUGUAAAUCUCUGCUCAGUAAGAUAAACAGUGAAAAACAAAAUCUGAUGUUUUCGCUGGUCAUGGAGUGGUUUCACAGCAAGAAGAGCUCACACAGGAGGUUGGCUGCCCAGGCAUGCGGUUUAUUUGUUGAAGUGGAGGGAGUAAUGUUUGAACGACGGCUUGAAGCUGUCCUCACCUUGAUUGAAAAAGAAAUCAACCCAAUUAAAUUUGAAGAUAUAACAGAAGAGGAAGAGGAGAAGGCUGCAGAUAGGCUGCUAUUCAGCUUUCUUGUGCUGGUAACAAAACUGAUCACGGAGUGCAACUUGAUUCAGUUAACCAGGAACAGUGAUGUUAUGAGCAAUAUCUGGGAUCAUGUCCAGUCUCACCUAUGGUAUCCUCACAGUUGGGUCUGGCUGACAGCUACUGAGAUCUUUGGCUUGUUGUUUGCAUCUUACAAGCCAGAAGAUCUUGUCAACAAGUGGAAGGAUAGAAAAGCAGGGAAGAAGAAAAAGGCGUCAGCAGUACUGUCUGCAUCCACAGUCUUCUUGACUGCUGAACUGGACAAAAAGAUGAAGGAACUUGCGUUUGCAUUCUGCCAUCAGCUGCAGUCCAAGUUCCUGGACCUGUCUCUGGGAGAGCAGGUUAUAAAGAAUUUGCUUUUUGUGGCCAAAGUUGUUUACUUGAUAGCCCCUGCAUUAGAAGAAGGCAAAGAGGCUGAAGGAGAACUCAGCUGUGAAGUGGAAGAGCAGGAGGCCUCAGAAGAAGAAGAAGAAGGUAAAGACAUUUCUGCUCCAGGAGAGGGAGAAAGGGAGGACACAGAAGAGAAAGGCCAGCCAGCCACAUUGCUGUGGUUAAUGAAGAAGCUUUCUCUCAUGGCAAAGCGCGAAGCAGCAUAUUCCCCUAAGGUCCCUUUAAAGAGAAGCUGCAUCUUUAAGUUCCUGGGAGCAAUCUCAGUGGAUCUGGGGAAAGACAGGAUCAAGCCAUACCUUCCAACAAUUCUCACCCCUCUGUAUAGGGAGCUGAACAGCACCUAUGCAGAGCAAGAUCCAACACUGAAGAACCUUUCCCAAGAAAUCAUCGAACUGCUCAAGAAGUUAGUUGGACUGGAGGCUUUUUCACUUGCCUUUUCUUCUGUGCAGAAACAGGCCAAUCAGAAAAGAGCAAUGAGGAAAAGGCAGAGGGCUCUGCAGACUGUGGCAAACCCCGACAUUGCUGCAAGGAGGAAGCUGAAGAGACAUAAGAAUAAAGCAGAAACCAGGAAGAGAAAAAUAGAAUUCCUGCGCCCUACCUACAAGGCCAAGAGACCUCGAAGUCAUGCACUGAAAGAUUUAGCAAUGGUGGAAUGAAAAGGCUUUUCGUUCCUGGAGGAUUAAUUUAUAAAAAGUAAUUUCAAACUGAAGAACUAACUAGUGUUUUAAAAAAAAAAUUACAUAUUUUUAUUGUAUUUAUUAGUAUUUUUCAUGUCUUCUUUUUCAUCUAGGAUCUUAUAAACAAAAGCUUUUCAAUUUUCUUCCAAACCUGCAUAUUUACCAGAGCAUGUACAGUUGAAUGGACAACCACCAUGAGCUUUUAUAAUAAAUUUUACUUAAUUUCUAA